UUUUGCCUUGAGACAGGAUUGGCUGUCUCUUGCAGGAUAUAAUGAAUUACUGUCGAGGCAAUUUCCAAUGUUCAUAGAAUGUUAUCAGGAUGAAUUCCUUUGCCUCGAAUUUGACCUUGUUGCAUCCAUACCUUACUUCCUUAUCUGCGAAGAUGUCCUGGUUAUCUUUACUGGGUGUCACAAGUGCAGAUAUUAUUCAAGUAUAAUGUAUUAUGCACAGGUAUUCAAAACAGGCUGGCGGCCGGAUGCAUGUAAGAUAGAGACUACAGUGACAGCAGCAAGACACAAUGAUUCCUGCAUCAGGCGCAGGAUAUUAGUAAAGAAGGUAAAAACAAUGUUCGGGUAUAAAGCAUCACAGAAAUGUCAGUUACCGAGAUUAGGGGCAGACCUACGACACUCUCAAUGUAUAACAUACCCCGGCACGUCUUCUAAUUUGACAAACGUAAAUCGCAGGUUGCAAAGACCGUCCGCCCCUAUUACACUUAUCUCCUCUUUCACUGGCAGUAGCUGCGGAGCAACCAAAAAGUACGUCGCGGCAGCAGUUCAGAUCAAGUGCCGCAUUUGUUAAUUGACUCACGAGACGUUGGAGACGAUCAUCAAUGCACCGCGUCCUCUGCAAAUGAAACAUCUUUCUAAUAACUCAAAGAAUUUCAGUAGUACAGCAUUAGGAAAUGGUAUUUGUAUGAUGACCUUGCCAUGCAUCCGUACCCGUUCGCUUGCAAGAGAGGGAAGCACCUGCGGGGGCCAUCUGGUUCGAAUGUCAGUGAGCAAUUACAGCCCCACUACAUACCGUGUCCCCCAAUUGCAGUAAUUUCGGU